AUGCAAACAGUUGGAAUUUGCACAAAAUUGUCAUCAGAAAUAAUUCACUGGCAGUACGAAGCAAUAGAAGUCUUGAAUGCGGAUCUAGAAACACUCAAAGUUAAAAUAACUAAAAAGAAAGCAGACAUAAAACAACUUGAAAAGGAAAUAAAAGAACUGUUGCUUAUGAUUGAAGAUCUCAAUCAAAACAUCCAGAAACCUGUUAAACAUCGUAGCAGUGUUCCUCGCGCCAUGGCUGCUAAACUGGAUUUAUAUCAAAGCGAUAUGGGUGAAUGCCAAAAAGCUCUUGAUGUCAUGAACAAUGAAUUGGCAAGUCUGUACACUCUGUGGCAUCGUAUUACCAAGGAAAUCAAAGCUAUCCAGAAUGGUAUGCAUCGAAUUAGUAUGGUAGAAGACUAA